CGCACCGUGUCCGUCAUGGUGGGUGAACUGGCGCGCGUCGCUUCUUCCGACGGCGGCUCCGCGCGCAGUUCUCUGCCGCGCUGGCUGCUGGCCGCCACGUCCUCGGGCGACGACUGCGCGACCAUGGCGCUGCCGGGCCCGGGCGCCCAGGCUUCGACGCCCGCCGUGGGGCUGGUGGGGCCGUACCGCCGCGACUCUCCGGAGGACCUGCAGGAGGACCUGCAAGAGGACCUGCAGGACCCGGGGCGCGAGAACUGGCGCCUGCAGGGCGGCGGGCCGUCCAUCGCUGACGUGUGGCCGCAGAGCUGGGGAGUGUACAGCGAGCAGCAGCAUGCGGACCGCGACAGCCUGAACGAGCCGGACCGCGCGCCGUCCCUGGCGCCGCCCGACGCCUGCAAGACGCCGUCGUACCGCGGCAAGCUGGGGGCGGGCCGCACCCUGCUGGGCAUCCUGUCCACCGCCCGCAGCUCCGCCUCCGACAUGCUCGAGUACCGGGAGCCCUUCGUCCACCUGUGGAUCGUGCUGAGCUCGCUGUACGGACGGCUGCUCGUCAUCCUCAUGCUGGCCUUCUGCGUCACCGAGGUCAUGGACAACUCCGUCAAGCUACUCAGCCUGCAGGGCGUGUUCCUGAUGUACCUGUACGUGGGCAGCAUCGCGGUGAUCAUCUGCAUCUACAUGUGGGUGCUGGUGGACAGCUGCGCCUCGCUGGGGGCGGACGGCGAGCUGGGGGCGCCGCCCCCGGCCGUGCUGGGCGGCCACCCCCGGGACCCGGAGCUGGGGGCUUCCGGCCUGGUGGGGGGCUUCGGCUCGCUCAAGAAGGCGCACAUCUCGCGCGCACGCACCUCCGCCACCAGCUUCUACCUGCGCAUCGGCGCCCUGGCCUUCGGCCUGGGCACGCUGGUGUUCAACGGCCUGGAGAUGGCCAUGCACUCCAUGAUGGAGGGCGACUGCCUCAACGACGUGGUGUUCGUGCACCCGGUGCUGCACGGGCUGUUCACCUUCCUGCAGAUGCACUUCCUCUUCGUCAACUCGCAGGUGCUGGUGGAGCGGUUCGGCCUGGCGGCCAGGUUCGGCUUCAUGCACCUGGCGGCGACCAACCUCGCCCUGUGGGUGCGCCUGGUCGUGUGGGAGAGCGGCAACGAGUGGACCUACUUCGUGCACCUGGCGCAGAGCGCGCUGCUGGGCGGCGCGAGGCUAGCCAGCAGCAUCCCCACGCCGCUGGAGCUGCGCGGCUUCCCGCGCUCCGUGGUCUCCCGGCAGCGGCGCGACCUGGCCUUCGCAAGCAACUACACGCUGAGGCGAGGCUACCAGCCCGUGUCGCAGCACCACAUUGCCCAGGUGGUCGCCCUGCACGAGUGCCUCAACACCAACUCCCUGGGCCAGCUGUGGACCUCCUCCAUGCCCUUCCUCUACCCGUUCAUCGUCCAGUUCAGCUUGAUCGCUGCUGCAGUGACAUUUGUGAUGGGACAGAACGUGGGCCGCAGCCGCAUCCAACAGACGCUGAAGAAGGCGCACGCCAAGAACAACAACAAUAACAACAACAUCAUCAGCAACGGCAGCAGCAAGAACGGCACGGCGAAGAGCAGCGCGCCCGCGGAGGGCGACUGGAGCGUGGACUGCGGCGGCGCCACCAAGGGGCUGUUCCUCGGGCUGCUGUGCGUGGUCGCAGGCAUCGUGGUCAUCAUCAUAUUCCUGGUGGUGAAGGAGGACGAGCAGUUUCCCAUCGACACGGUGUUCUGGCUCACGUCCGGCAUGCUGGCCGCCAUACUCUCGCUGAGCACGGUGGUGACGGCGGCCGGGCUGGUGCAAGUGCGCAAGCUGUCCUUCAGCGGGAGGGAGCCGUCCGCCUUGGACUCGCUGCUGGGGACGGCCACGGCCACCGGGGUGCAGCUGUACUCGGCGUUCGGGAUCGUGGUGGGGGCGAGCGGCAUGGCAACCGCGCAGGACGGUGACUCACCGCGCCACGCCAUGCUGCUCGCAGUGAGCGCGCUGCAGCUGGUCCAGGCCUGCGCGCAGUGCACGUUCGUCUCCGAGGUGGUGCGGAGGUCGCUGCUGACGCGGCACCAGGCGCACGCGCGCCCCGCCCGGCAGGCGGUCACCUUCCUGCUGUGCGCCAACUCGGUGCUCUGGGUGUUCGACACGUUCGUGACGCAGAGCUGGAUGUCGCAGGAGCUGCAACUGAGGUUCUUCGGCGUGCUGGCGUGGGGGGUCGUGUCCCGCGUCGGCCUGCCGCUGCUCGUCUUCUACCGCUUCCACUCGUGCGUGCUGCUGCUGGAGGCGUGGAAGCGCUCCUACCGGGCGCCUCCGCUGGACCCGGGAAACUGACGGUGGUGGCCCCGAUGGAAACGCCGCCUUGGGCCAGACACCUUAACGAUAGGAUUUCCUCCGGUCUGCCACCACCACGUCUCUCGCCACCGGUGCCACAAGAGGGCUCAGAAGAGGAUUAGCAUGGGCACCGCCCGAGGCAGGAAGCCGCCAAAGCACGUGAUAAACUUCACGGAGCUGCCCGACGACAACUACCACAGCUACGACUCGGGGCCACUCCACGGGGACUCCGCCAGCUGGAGGUACCUCAAUGGCCCGCCAGUCCCUGAGCCGGACUACACCCUCCCUCCCCCCAGAAGAAAAUGUCAUCACCAUCGGAGAAGCAACCAUCAGAGGUCGUCCUCCCAUUGUCAGUGCAAGUUACCAAGCGGCGGUUCCAACAUGGUGGGACUUAUUACAAGUGUGGAGACUAAUGACACUCCUUUUAGGAAAAUGCCCUGGCACUCGAACUUGCACAUUCUCAAGUUUUAGAAAACUAAAAUGUGCAUUAUAUUUCCCACGGCUUUGCCAGUGGACAUUAUGCUCCUCAGAAUAGCAUUUUCGUGUGUCGUGUCAUAGACACAACCCGUCAAAAUAAACAUCGGCCAAAAUCAAAAAAAAACAUAAAUGAUCCUAAUUUUAAGUUUGUAGUAUUUUCAAAAAAUGUAAAAUAUAGCUACAAAGCAUCAUUAUGUAUGAAACAUUCGGACCUCAAACACACAGUAAGAAACGAACAGGGUUGUUUAUUAUUGACUAAUGUAAUCGUUUUUAUUUUUAUAUGACUAAUGUAUGUGAUGGCUGUUGAGUACAUGUCCAGAGUUAAUACAAACAUACAGCCAUUUUAUAAUUACCAGUAUUUUAGUUGUAGUAAAAAUCCUUUGUAAAUGGUUAUUUUAUGUUGAUUUUGUAUACAGCAGAAAAUUAUGAUUUUUUUUUUUAAAGAGAAAGUGAAUGUUUUGUAUGUGAAUCAGUACUUUUAUGUGUGCAUUAAUUUUAUGCUACGAUAUCAUAAUGUGUUUUGAACAAGGUAAAUUUUUUGCAGUAUAAUUGUUUUAAUGUUUUAUUAUUAAUGUUUGUAUAUAAAAUAGUGAAUAUACCAAACGUGUUUUAUUUUUUAUUCUUAUUCAUUGUAAAUAUAAUAUACACACUCAACUAAGGAGAAUACUUGUUGAGGGUUUAGUGUUAGUUUAUGAUGUGCCUAGUGUAUUUAACAUCUAAGUCCUGGACGCCAUGGACAAGGGCACAGAAAGUAUGGAUUUCUCAU